AGAGGUUGUCAAGAUCUAAGCAGAGAUGUCUGGAAUCUUGUAUUUUGCGAUGAUUUGCUACAUCAUCACCGGAACCUGGUCCCAGUCAAUGUAUUGGGAUCCUUCGGAAGUGGACUCUGAUGAGACUCUAGAGGAGAUAGCCUCUUCCCUGGUGUCCAAGCUGUCCGGAUCCUGCGACUCCUCCCAUCUGCUAACACGGUUGAUCCUACAAGAGACGUCAGAAAGAGCCAAGCUGCAAGUGGCUCUGGAACAGCAACUCACCGAGAGAGCCAAUGUUACAAAGAGACAGAAGGUCUUGGAAGAAAGACUAGCCAAGCUGGAAAAAGACGCUUUGUCAUUAAAACAAGAAGAGCGUGUCGUUGCCUUUUCUGUCCGCCUGCGCAAGAAUUUGGAAAACUUGACCUCGGCCCAGGCUAUUAUUUUUGGUACGGUGGUUACGAACAUAGGUGGGGCGUACAAUCCGAGAACGGGGAUAUUUCGAUGCCCCGUGUCCGGUCUUUAUCAGUUCUUCGUGAGUAUUCUAGGUCAGCGGACGGAGAGAGUGGAGACAGAACUGGUGGUCAACGGGAAGAAGAAACUUCUGGUGUAUUCAUCGGGGGAUGCCAUUCACAGAGGUUCCCUGGGGUCAAACACAGUCUUGUUACAGCUGGAACAGUGGGAUGUGGUCUGGGUGCGGCUUCACUAUGACUAUGGGGGAUACAUACACUGCUGCUGGAGUACUUUCUCUGGGUACCUCAUUAAGCAGAAUGUAGAUGAAGGAACUUACUACUGA